CUCUGCCCAAGUUGUCUAAAUCCAGCUGGCGCCCCUUCCGUCCCUGAGUCUGAGUCUCCAGCGAACCGGAGGGAUGCAUUUGCCGACAAAAUGCGGGAAAGAGCCGGCUCUUGGAAACCUGGUUCUGACCAGUUUGACUCAAACCAAAGCAGAGAUGUUAAGGCCGGGUGGCAAAGCCACCCCAGCCCCCCACCCCACACACUUUCCUCAUUUCAUUUCUGUCCUCACUCCCCUCCCAGGCACUAGGGUCCCUUCACAUUUUCUCAGUGUCUGCCAUUCCCUCUCCCCCUUGUGCCCAGCCCCUCCACAUCAGCCUCCCUGUCUCCUCCGCCCCGAGGCUUGCAGGCCUUGCCUCCACUCCGCCCGAGCCCGGCAGUCCCCACUCUGAGCUGCGGAGGAACCCUGGGGUUCCGCCCGCCCGGCUUCACCUCCCUCCUCGCCGGCGUCUCCGCCCCCUGCCCCGCCCCCGGGCCGGCUCGCCGAGGAGGGGGAGCCUCCGCCGCCGCCUGAGCUCCCCACAGCCGCCGCCGCUCGCCGCUCUGCCUGGUCCAGCCUCCGGGCCCAGUGCUCUGACUUUGCCGAACCGGGGCGCUCUGCAGAGACAGCAUCACUCCCUCCUGGGGGUCCGGGGCGUCCAGGCCGGCGCUGGGGGGAACCUCGGCUUGCGGGAGACAGGGAGGGAGGAGCCGGAGCCCGAGGCACCCAUCGCCCGGAUCAACAGGACAGGACAGGUUGAGGGGCGUCGGGGAAAGGACAGGGUGUUAGUCCCAGGGAGGUCGCAGGAGGCUCUGGUGCGCUAUGACUUAUCAAGGGGCCGUUCGCGUUUGAGGAGUGUGGCGACGUGGGUGCACCCCUCUGGGGGGCCCGGUUAGGUUGGAGGGUGUGGGCUCUAAGCAGUGCGGGGUGUCCCUCUGGAAAUUAAGGGGCGGGCGGAAAACAAACAAGAACGACCGACGCCCCAUUGUUUGGGGCGACAGGGGGUUCUCCAGACAACCACCUGGCGUAUGCGCUGGGAAAGCCAAUUUGGGGGUGACUUCAAAAGGAGGGUAACAAGGUGAGGAAACGCUCCCAGCAGCUGGAGCCCUGUGCUACCAGAAUGGGGGUGACAGAGAGGAAGAGCGUCAUCCAGCCAGAGGGUCUGGGCACUCUCUCCCAGUGAGCCAGGACGUGUUUGUGGGGGAACCUGAAGAAAGUGGGAGGUCCGCUCCGUUUAGAGUAGAGCAGAGGGAAAAACCACCAGGGCUGGAUCCUCUGACAUUGACAGCAGCCCAGGGCGAGCUGAUGUCCACCAAGCCAGGGACCUACAGCCUUUAGAUUACAGGAGUAGGCUGGGCAGGAGCGGCCCCAGGUAGGGUGGGAAGAAGCCUGCGGACACUGAGCCCGGCGUGGACAUACAGGAGGGUCUUGACUCAGGGAGAGAGAAGUGGGGAGAGAGGCGAGAAGGGGAGAGCCCUCUUUGAGGGACACAAUUCACGGGUGAGGUCAGCCGAGUGGUGCACAGGCUGCCGAGCUAGAGCAGGGCCCAGGACUGGGGGAGCCGGUGGUUUGGGGGGACGUUCGGGGGUCUGGGCUUAUCCUCAGGUCCUGUGGGUGGGGCGGUGGGCUGGGUCCUGAGCAUGCCCUGGUGAGAGGGCUCCUUUGGGGGAGCCUGCUGGUUCGGGGGUGUCUCCUCCCGGGGCGCUAUGGCGGCACUGGCCAGCAGCCUGAUCCGACAGAAGCGGGAGGUCCGCGAGCCUGGGGGCAGCCGGCCCGUGUCGGCGCAGCGGCGCGUGUGUCCCCGCGGCACCAAGUCUCUCUGCCAGAAGCAGCUCCUCAUCCUGCUGUCCAAGGUGCGACUGUGCGGGGGGCGGCCCACGCGACAGGACCGCGGCCCAGAGCCUCAGCUCAAAGGCAUCGUCACCAAACUGUUCUGCCGCCAGGGUUUCUACCUCCAGGCGAAUCCGGAUGGGAGCAUCCAGGGUACCUUGGAGGACAGCAGCUCCUUCACACAUUUCAAUCUGAUCCCUGUGGGGCUCCGCGUGGUCACCAUCCAGAGCACCAAGCUGGGCCACUACAUGGCCAUGAACGCUGAGGGGCUGCUGUACAGCUCGCCGCAUUUCACAGCAGAGUGCCGCUUUAAGGAGUGCGUCUUUGAGAAUUACUAUGUCCUAUAUGCCUCCGCUCUCUACCGCCAGCGUCGUUCUGGCCGGGCCUGGUACCUGGGCCUGGACAAGGAGGGCCGGGUCAUGAAGGGAAACCGAGUCAAGAAGACCAAGGCAGCUGCCCACUUUGUGCCCAAGCUCCUGGAGGUGGCCAUGUACCGGGAGCCGUCUCUUCACAGUGUCCCUGAGACCUCCCCGUCCAGUCCCCCUGCUCCUUGAGAUGCAGCCGUGAACUGGAGGCUCCCUGCCCUCAGGGAGCCCAGCACCACCAUAGCCUGUCUCCUAGCCCUGCUCCAGGCCUUGCUCUCACCCUGCUGCCACACACAUGCCCUGAGCAGCCAGGGCUCACCAGGUGCUGUACCCCGAGGGCACCCAGGGGCUGGCUGGGACCUCUGGAGCCACUGAGCUCUUAGAUCCUGGGGCCCAGGAGAGGUUCCGAGACGGGGGUGCCUGAAACGAUCCUGGCUGAUCACUUCUCUCUUUCCACACUAACUCCUACCCCUUAAGAGACCCUCAGGUUUUCCUGAAAUGGCGCCCCGGGGGUUCCAAAACUGACAAAGCAAGGGAACUAGUCCUAUUCACCCUGGCUGAGCCAGUUUCUGAAGCCAUGCACUUCUUUUUGUUGCCGUGAAGCCAUAGCUUUGUAUGUCAGUCUGCUGGCACUGCCCUGGGCUGGGCAGGUCUGACAGAGCUGAACUCCAGCCAGGGCCAUUCCUGCGUUCUGUAUUGGAGCUCAGACAUGGCUCCUUUGAGCUUCUAUCCUUGACCUAGAUGUCCUCCCUGGUUUUAAAAAGAAAAGAGGCUGAAUUUGAGCCUCUUAAUGUAGCUAUUGGCCUUGGUUUGAAUCAGAACCAGUCUCAGGUCACCAUAGGUUAAACCUUCUUAUCCCAGAGACAUCCAGUUCUAGCAUGGUGUUCUAGACCUUUCAGGAGCCAUUCUUCCCCCGAAUCUCCGCUCUAGGACAGACCACGACACUAAGCCCCGCUUCCAGGAUGGAACUGGGCCUGUGCAGCCAUAUUCCUGUGCUGGAGCGACUUCCAGACCCUCCCUCCCACUCUCUCUCUAAUGAUUAUUCAAGGAGGAGCUUUGGCUAGGACUGAGCUGUGGUUCCUUAGGCACUAAUGCUUCUCAGCUGUGCUUGGUGGCCCGUGCCUGUAUUUCAGCACCUGGAAGACUGAGGCAGGAGGAUUUUUGAAUUGGAGGCCGUCCUGGGCUUCAGUGGCAAAACCCUGUCUCAAAAGCCGGCACACACACACACUCACACAGAGAGAGCACUUAAGACUCAAUACUGAAUGAAUCAAGAACCACUUCAUGGUUUUCCUAGAUAAUUUUCUUAAAAUCUUCCCUCUAGAACCCUAACUGUACUUUUACAUGGUUUCUAGUUUCAGCAUUCCAACUGGGGUUCUGCCAGGGAAACAAGAGUCUGGGGAAGGCCCAGGAAUCCUGGAAAUGUAUGCCUGAUACCUGGCUCACAGUAGAGGAGCCGAGAGGUGGGAAUUGCCCUGGUGUGACUGAACCCGUGUCUGAUUUAGGGAGACAUGAACACUUAGCUACCUCAGCAGGAAUUCCUUCCCUUUUAAAGCUGAGGUCCUUCGCGGGGUUCGGUGUACAUCUGUGAGGCCACAGAAGGAGAACGGGGAAUAAAAGGCUCGCCCAACUACACAGUGAGCUCGAGGCCAGCCUGGGCUAUGUGAGAGCCUGUCUCAACAGAAAGCCGAGGUCUGCGACGACAUUAACUCUACGAUAAAGAAAGGACAAAAAGGACACAGCCUUGACUCCCUCUCAGCGACGAGACCCCGACUCAGCAAUAAAUCCAACUUCUCCCCGCUACAGGUCAGGCCUAGGAAAUGAGGGCCCCUUGGGCUCCCAGACCUCGUUUGUCCCCAGAGCUCUAACUAAAUAGAAUUUACUUUACCUUACAGCUUAUAACCUCAGCUGGGUUUUAAGUACCCAAAAAAGGACCUGAAAAUGGGGGAAGCCACGGGGAACCUCUAAUAAAGUAGGGGGUAGAUUCCUAGCCUAGCAAACGUAGGCGGAAACGGCUGCGGAGGUCGGAAGGGAGGAGGGCGAGUGCUCAAAAGCACUCAGGCCCUGUAACUUCUGGCUUGUCGCAAGAGACGCCCCCUCCCUCCCACGAACCCCGCUCAGGCUCCGCCCGUCUCCUGGCUCCGCUCGGCGGGGGGUGGGGGACCGGGUCUCCUCGUCACGCUUUCUCUAAUUAAAGAUGAUUUCUACA